UUGCGCGGCCGGUAACCGGCGGCUCCGAGCCCCUCCGGGAACAACGAAAAGCUAACCACCCUCGGCCGCCUUCCCCGUUGCAUUUCAGUUUUCCAUCACCCUACUUAGUUUUAACGGGGAAUUUUAUUGUUUUUUUUAACAGUCAUACUACUUGGGGUAGGGUUUUUUCCAGUUUGCUUUUGACGGCUUCUUCUCCCCUCAGCAGAGAUAUAAUUGCGUGAGUUUUUGGUGGUGUGAGGUUUCGGCCCGCUGUUAUUUUGUCUGCCUUUCAGCAGCGAGAGAGCCGCAGGGCACGGAGGUGGUUUCCUUUCUGGAUCACGCCCUGUGUGUGGCUGGAAGGGAAGGCGGGCGGGUUUCUGCCUCUCCGCCGAUUCAUUCAUGCGCUCCGCUCCGCCUGCGGCUGCAGAACCGGGGACGGCGCCGGCGGCGAUGCUCUCUUCGAGCAGAGCUUGGUGACAGAUGUCCCUUCCGCCCCCUCCCCUCCCCUCUCCUCUCAAUAUUUAUUAAGUUACUUCCACUGGAUUGACCAAACCCACGUUUUUGUGCCUUGAAGAGAUUCCUGUAUUCUGACGAAGUCCAGAUCGGGCCAGAGACUGUUAUGACUACAUUGUACACUGCUAAAAAGUAUGCAGUACCUGCCCUUGAAGCACACUGUGUGGAGUUCUUGAAGAAGAAUCUCCGAGCAGACAAUGCAUUUAUGCUUCUUACACAGGUACGUUGGAACAUUCAUGUGAUGCAUGAUAUCUGUCUGCAGAAGAAACUCAGAAAAAUGAGGCACAGAGCUAUAUGUGGUAAUACCUGCAUAAGGCCAUGCGAAGCAGUCGUGGGACAGCCAUCUGGAUCCCAGGGUUCUGUUUCUGUAUGGCCACGGAACAGGGAGGAUCGAGAGAGAGAACUAAACGGGGACGAGGAAAUUAAGGAAGGAGUCCAAGUUGGAGAGGGAGAGGCAAGGCUCUUUGAUGAACCACAGCUUGCCAGCUUAUGCUUGGAAAAUAUUGACAAAAAUACUUCGGAUGCCAUCAAUGCAGAAGGUUUUACAGAUAUAGAUUUAGAUACACUAAUGGCGGUGCUAGAACGUGACACUCUAGGAAUCCGAGAAAUUCGGUUAUUUAAUGCUGUGGUUCGUUGGGCAGAAGCAGAGUGCCAGCGACAGCAGCUUCAACUCACACCUGAAAAUAAACGUAAGGUGUUAGGAAAAGCCUUGUCGCUCAUCCGUUUUCCACUAAUGACUAUUGAGGAGUUUGCAGCAGGACCUGCACAGUCAGGAAUUCUAACAGACCGAGAAGUUGUUAGUCUUUUCCUACAUUUCACAGUCAAUCCAAAGCCUCGGGUAGAGUUUAUUGACAGACCUCGUUGUUGUCUAAGAGGCAAAGAGUGCAGCAUCAAUCGUUUCCAACAGGUGGAAAGCCGUUGGGGCUACAGUGGUACAAGUGACCGGAUAAGGUUUACAGUGAAUAGGAGGAUAUUUGUAGUUGGGUUUGGCUUGUAUGGAUCAAUACAUGGGCCCACAGACUACCAAGUAAAUAUACAGAUUAUCCACACUGACAGCAACACAAUUUUGGGACAAAAUGACACUGGCUUUAGCUGUGAUGGAUCAUCUAAUACUUUCAGGGUUAUGUUCAAGGAACCAGUGGAGAUUUUGCCCAAUGUUAAUUAUACUGCAAGUGCAACAUUGAAGGGGCCAGAUUCUCAUUAUGGAACAAAAGGACUUCGUAAGGUCAUCCAUGAAUCUCCAACAACAGGCACAAAAACAGUCUUCACAUUCUGUUACGCUGCUGGGAAUAACAAUGGAACAUCAGUAGAGGAUGGGCAAGUCCCAGAAAUUAUCUUCUAUACGUAGUCAAGUUCAAUGGGACCUUGAGAUCUUCAUUGGUCUCUCAGAUACAAACUGAUUGUAUGCUAUUGUAUAUUUGAAAUGAAGAGUAAUGUGCCUACUACUAGGCACAAGUUUUGAAUAUUGUGCUUUAUUGGCUGACAGUGUAAAAAAAAAGCUUAUUUUCCCUUUUUCCUCCUCCUUGGCUCUGUAUUGUCACAGAAUGUAGGAGUAUUGUUAUUGUGGUGCCAAUUUUAAGCAGUUGUUUUGCUUAAUGAUGUGAGAAAUGCACUUAUGUAAUGAGGGCUAUCGCAAAGCUGAGUGUCUAAGCCUUGAAGUUUCAGAUUAAAAGACCCACAGCACUAUUAUAAUGAAAGCCAAAGACAUUACACUGCAUAUAAGGAGAGCUUCAAAUUACUGUAUAAACAUAUUACUAUGUAGAAACUAGAUUAUACCAGCAGUUUAUAACAUAAAUGACAAAAUCCAGAUCUUUAAGUGGGGAGUAUGUUAACUCGUAAUGUUUAACAACGUGUAUUAGUAAAUGUUUAUUAGUACCAAAAGGCAACUAGAAAACUAAAAUACGUCAAAUCUAAUUUCAGCUUUUGCUCUCCAAUUAACAUUUUGUGAAGGGUGUAUUCCUUACAGUUCAGUGGAAAAUCUCUCAUUCUAUUACCGUGAUAACAUAUUUAGCCAGUUAAGUAUGGGUCCAAUUUCUAGGGAGGUUUCAAGGUAGUAUGUUUCAACAUACUGAAGACUAAUGCUUUCUGUUACUGGUGUAAAAUACAAUUAAAGCAAGUAUACACAGCAUGGCUUUUACGUGGUUUCAAGAACUGUUAUUCCAUAACUAGUAAAUGUAGGGGAGCAUCAAAUUUGAUAUCUACUGGGUAGUUUGAUAUGUUUUUCAAAUGUAGAGAAUUCCACUCUGAAUUUUGUGAAAAGACUGAGUUGCUGAGAUCUAUAAUUGUUUUGUAGUGGGUGAUGCACUCUAGGUGGAACAAAAACAGAACAAGAACAGUGAUUUGUCAAUGGCGACUGUAUGAUGCAGGUCAGUUUUAAAGAAAAGAUCUCCAAUCAGGAAAAAAAUGACAACAUUAAAGCUGCAGAGAUUUGGGAAAAUUCCAAGGAUCUUUCCAAGAGUUACGUUGCAUUCUCUCCACGUUAUAUUUGUAAAAGAAUUAGGUCAAGCAGUUUGGAGGAAAGAAUGAUCCUAUUCCUCCAAUGAUUUUCAGGCUACACCUUAACAGCAUUUCCCUCCCUCCUCUCCCCCCCUCCCCCCACCAAAAGCACUACUUCUGCCUCCACUUUGAUAUCACGCACAUUAUAUUUAGUUAUGAUUUAUUUACUUGCCCCAGACACUAGAAAACAUCAGACCUUUGAGGUUCUCUUUAAAAACUGGUUUAAUAGAAAAACAUUUAUUCUACAAAUGAAGAAAGGUUUGACUUGGAUGCUGAAUUGGUUUCACCUUGGCAUAAGAUAGUAUUUAUUUUGAAAAUACAGGGAUAUUCACACAAAGAAUGAUAUAUAUUUCAACACUGAAAGAACUAGUUGUAGAUGCACACUGAACACAGUUACUCCAGUCCCAUUUCACCUGUGUUCUGCUGUACAUUUUUAAAUGUAAAAUCAUACUUAUCUAUAUAUAGCUGUAGCAAACACAUUUGUAAUUUAAAAACAAAAAGCUGGAAAUACUCAGGCCAGAUGGCAGUGUUAAUAUUUCAGAUUAUUGACCUUUCAUCAGAACCCAGGAAAAAAAUUAGAAAUCAAAUGUAGUUUAUGCUGCAGGAGAAGGAGAAGGGUAGAGAGAACCGAUGGAUUGUCUCGAUAAAGGUGGAGACUAAGAGAGACUGGAAUGAUGCACUUGGUAGUAGUGCUGGUUGAGCAGGCUUUUUUUUUAAACAUUCAUAUCCAGUGAACCACUUAAGAAAAAAUUCUUUGUGUUUCCCUGUGAUUAAAACUGUGAACAGUAAUGCAUUAAAUUGUUUUUAAAAUAUGCUUAAACUUUAGCCUCCCUAUUGUAACAUAUUUUGGAAAGAUGUAAUACUUUCCGUGUUGAUUUUGUUCCCAUUUUACUUGUGUGUGUCCUCUCAUGGACUCAGCUUUUGUGUAACAUGAUUUUACUGAAACUUAAAUAUUUUUACCAACAGCAUUGUAAUGAAUUACUCACAAAGCUGGAAACACAAAGGUGCUAAUUGGCCAACCAUCUCUAGAUGAGACAGGUGUUUGUGCCAUUUUGAAAUUCAAAUCCUGCCUUGUGAGCAAUACUUGACAGUAUUUUCUCUAUCUUGCAUACUGUCUUUGAGAUUAGAAACACAAGAGAUUCUGCAGAUUCUGGAAAUCCAGAGUAACACACACAAAAUGCUGGAGAAACUCAGCAGGCCAGGCAGCAUCUAUAAUGAGGAAUAAACAAUUGACGUUUUGGGCCAAGACCUGUGAGUGUGUUGCUGCAGUCUUUGACUACAUAUGAACCAUUCCAUCAGCACAGAAUGGCCACAUUUAAUCACAAUGAAGAGAUCAGAAAGGAGAGAAUGGCAGUUUUCCUUGCCUAUUGCCCAGCUUGUACUUAUACAUAUUAGGAUUAUUAUUAUUAUUAUUAUUUGAUUUCAGUUAAAGUAUUGAACUGCAGAGUUUCAUGAACAUUUAAAAAUGUAUUUUAAAUGUCACUGUUUCCUUUUGUGUUAUAGUUUAUUUAACAAUCUCUCAGGUUCGGACAGUUUUAAUGUUUUUGAAGCAGCUUAAAUCACAGCACCAGAUUUCCCUUAGAAGAUAAUAAAAUCCUCAACAGAAAUGAAUAAUGGGUAAGAUAAAGAAGGUAGUGAUAAUAAAUUAGUAAGACAUGGCAAAUGCCUUUUUCUGCCAAUAGCUUAAUAGUCUUUUAAUUACGAGCCAACCUCUUUUUAUAGCUGGGGCCCACUUAAAGCAGCCAUGAGAGAAAAUUCAGAAUUGUGAAAUCAAAUGAAGACACCCUGUAUGGAGCUCAAUGAUAUCUUGAGAAUUUCAAAUAAGUUUACAAUGAUUCAUAGUAAUCUAUUACUUAAAUCUUCAGCUUCAACUAGAUCCUCAGCUAUAUGCCAGUUCACACACUUAUAAGGAAAUGCACAUCUAAAAUGUUUGGUUAUUCCAGGACUUCACCAAUGUAUUACAACUCAAACAAGAAGACAAGUUAGCAGACUGCUAUUGGAUAUUGCAGGAUUCUGCCCAACUCAGCCAGGAGGUACCUUAGUUCUGAUGUCUAAUGAGCCAUUUAUCUGAGAAUUUUAGAAAUAGUGCAUGCACUUUACACUAUUGGAAUUGGCUAUUGUGUGCAGUUGAACUUUGCAUUUGGGAAACUGGAAUAAGAACAUUGUUAUCUUCCCCUGGUGAUGCACUGAAACUUGAAGGCUUACUAAAUGGCAACAUUGCUAUGGCCCUUUCACCAAUCAGUACACGAGUUGUGGCAUUAUUUAGAGAACUCUCUGCUUAUUUAGACUUUGAAUGUAUUGCUAAUUUUAUUGUAGAAACUGCCUGUCAGAAUUUGCAAGCAAAUAACGUCAUUUUUUUAAAGAAGUACUUAGAAUCUUAGAUACUGUAGAAUGAAUGUAUAAAAUGAUAAGUAAACCUUUAUGUAUUCUAACUACUUAAGCCGUGAAAGCCUAUUUUGUCAAGAUGUCUACAGUAAUUCAGUAAGUGGAUGUGUGGAAUGGCACUUGCGUAUGUGUCAGAGAAGGUUCUUUAAAGUAGAGGAUUUGAGGGAGCUUAAAAUCACAGAAGCAAGAUAUUGUUGCAAACUGAAAUAGUAUUGAAACAUUCCCAGAAGGGGAUAAAGAGGCAAUGUGGUUCAGGCAAAGCACCAGUUGUGUUGCCUUUAAAUUUAAACGAACCUAAUUUAUCCUUGUUAAAAUCAAACUGCCAGUGCAAUUAUAAUAACCUUUACCUCUUGUCACAAAAGUCCAGGAAAGAUGCUAUAUGGUAGUAUGAUUCAAUUUGCUCAAACACUUGAAUAGGUUGCAAGGUCUGACUCAGUCUAGAGAUGCUAUAGGUUCUGUUUUUAUUGGAGUAGUUUAGAAAAUAACAAACCAGUACAUGCAGAAACCCCAUUAGUUUCCAUGACCAUUUGAGCUGUAGUAUUACAGUAAAAUGCACUUUACAAAUUUGCAGAGCUAUGAUUUUAAUGAGAUUGUCAUUUCCUUUAGUGCCACUGGUUGGCCAUUAGUGGUGCUGCAGUGCUGUUACUUAGAACCACAGUGUAUUUUUUUAUAUUCUCAUUUGUGUGUGUAACAUCAUUCAGAAGUACAGUUGUGGGAGGUAUGGUAAUCUGAUAGCCCUUUAGUGGAAGCAGUGGGGAAACAGGUUGGUCAGUGAAUGUUGGAUUGCGAAGUAAAACAAAUGCAAGAAAUAGAGAUUUUAGGGUAAGUUAUUGGAUCAUUUUUCUCGGUACUGGAAAUUCAACACAGAAUGUAACUGAGCAUUCAGCCAUUUUGAACACGUAAUGACAUUUUAAGUGCAUUAGAAUGGCUUCUGUUGGAGACCAUUUUAGAUUGGUGGUGGCUGGUUGGAGGUAAUAUGCAGACUAAUCGGUUGCAAGCCAUUAAAGGGUUCUGAUUGAAGCUUGUCAGAUCAGAACAAUAGACUUUUUACUCAACACCAAUUUCUUAUUUAUGUGAUUUAAUAAAAAAAAACACUAUUCCUGAAUGUGUAUAAAUCCCUGAAUUCAAAGUUUCUUCAAAUCGUUAAAUGAUUAUCAGUAUGUGCAUGUUACAAUUAAGGAAUACACAAUAAAAAAUCAUUGGCAAAAACAUCUAAUAUUGAUAUGAUAGAUGGAGUCCAAAAAUGUUUCACAAAUAUUUGUAAAAAUAAAAUGUUUAAAAAAUG